GCUCUGUGAACAAGGUCACUUUACUGGGCUACUCUAUCGCAUUGAUUAUCAGCGAACACUUAGUAUCCUAUGCUUUCUGAAAACAACCUAUUUAUGAUGCUGGUGGUGAGCUUGCAGGACUGAUCAUUGAUCGUGGGUCGGAAGAAUCCGCGCAUGCCAACGCCUUCACACAAACAAAAUGUCCCGAUCGCCCUCCGUGACUUCCUUCGGAAACGGCGACCUGAGCUCCCCCGAUCCACUAGCAAGCUCUGUCAAUGAUGAGCCCUCGCGUGGUCGCAUCGCAUUUGGUGCCCGACAGCCUGCGCUGAAGCGCCAUUCAAUCGCUUCCAUAAAGACCACGGGCAGAACUGCCAGAACAAGCACCUUUGGCUGUGAAGCAGUCCCCUCCUCUCCAUUUCGAGCCGUUUCGGAACAAAAUUUGAGUCCCUGGAAGAUUAGGGUGACGGUGGAGGCGGAGCCCGAAGACGCCGCCGACAUGGAAGGCAACGCGCCAUUAAACAAGGCGAGAACGCGCACGACCCAGAGAUCACUACACCACGAGCCCCCCGAAGCUGGACAGCCAAAGGGUUCUCGAGGUGGAAAUUCUCAUUCGAAUUCGACAAAGAACAAGAGAAGCGGAACACCAGAUGUUGGCCGCAGGACUUCUGGCCGCAGUCGGAGACAGAGCGUGACGGACCUGGACAUAAUACCGUUGGGGGACGACUCCGAAGGGGAUGACUGGUUGAGGCAGAACAGGUCGCCACGAAAGAGAAGGAAUUCUCGCAAGAGCGUUUCUGCGGCGGUGACCUCAAAGGCCUCGCCGACCAAGUCCUCACGGUCUAAUACCGGCCCUUCAACGUUUGAGGUGCGGCCAGAUACCGAUGUCGAAGACAAUGGUGGCGCCUUGGAGCAAGAGAAUGUUGUGGCGGAUUCACAAUCACCAGAACUUCGCAGGAUCGAUCUUAAUCAAGUGUCGGUACGACCUCGCGCGCUGUCGACAAAGUCAAACUUGGACAACGACUAUGAGAAUGAAGACUCAAUCGUGAGUGAAAGGACGAGAAGCACAUCAAUGAAGCAGCAAGUGGAAGUUCGAAAGGUCUCCGUUAAUAGCGCCCUGAGCUAUCCAACUCCCUCACCUACUUCCUCUUACCAUGGGGACUCUGACGAUGUGGGGAAGGCUCUCGAUGACAACAUUGCUCCAGCGCGGCAUGAGCACGAAACCUUUGACACCAUACUCGAAAGUGAGGGAUUUACUAUGAUCGAUCUAGACACCUUGCCCUCGGUGAGACGAUCAUUGAGCAGCCCUGUUGAUGAGGGUUCAAACACCAGCCUUCAUCCCCCGGACAUGAACGAUCCUAAGAUACAGCUUUCUAUCACUAAAUCUGGGGAGAGAGCACACGGCGACCUCGCGCCUUUCAGUCCGUCUUCUAUGCGCCAAGCCGUCACUUAUCCUGUCAUCAAGCCGGAUGAGAGUGAGAUAUCAAGCACUGUCCCAUCUUCACCACCAGCAUCGGAGAAGAGUCAAGAUCUACUAAAAGUCCCUUCCUCAUCAGCAGCUGUUGGUCGAAAAGUAACGCCACUACCAUAUUCAUCACCAAAGUUGCCGUCGCCGCCAAGACCUAUCGUGCGAAGGACGCCUCAACAUCAACAUCGUGCCUCAGCUGGUGCCGUCUUUGCAGGUAUUGCGCUGCAAGAAGUAGUGUCGCCAGAUCGGUCUAGCGAGAGAGCGUUGGCAGGAAAGCAGGAUUCUUCGUCAAAUCAUCGCGGGCAGGAAGAGGAUGGGGCUCUAUUUGUGGGCUUCGAUUGUGGAACCCAACGCGAGCUCAGAGCUGGCCUCCGCUUUGGCGAGGAGCUUGCAAAGAGACUGGCAUCGCCUCCCGCGGAUGGGUCGGCUUCCAGGGAUAAAACGUCAGAAUCGAGCAAGACCUCGAAUGCGAAGCUGCCGGUCAAACCUGAACAGAAAUCUCGAACGCAGGUUUGGCGAGGCGAAAACCUGGUUCAGCACACUCCAGUCCAUACAAGUGGCAGCACGGGACCCAGUGGCCAAGUGUCUGUGGUACAUACGCCUCCAAACCCAACUCGCGGGUAUACUGAGAAAUCGAUCAUCGACACACAAGCAAGGCGAGAACGCGAAUGGCAACUUGAGAGAGAAGCGGUGUCCAGGCAGAUCCAAAAUGCUAGUGACAGCCAAGUCAUUGUGAUUGACAGCGACGAUGAGGAAGACCAGCCCACUCCAAGGACAGAGGUACAAGAGGGAUCGCAUCUUGAUCUCGAAGUUGACGCAGAUGACGAAACAGACAUCUGGCUUGCGGAGGCCAAGAAUUCGUCAAGUCCAGGGUCAGCCAUCCAGCCCAACACCGAGAGCCUCUUUACCCACACUGAGCAAGUCAGACAACGACAGCGAGCUCAAGAAGUUGUCAACCGGCCUCGAAGAAGCUUGAUACCGAGUCCAUGGAAAAGAGGCGAGAAUGUCGAUGCUCCGCAAGAGCAAAGCACGUUCUUAAGUACCAAUGCAGGGGAGAUGAGCAGUCUGAUGUUUUACCAUGAACCAGAGAGCAAGAUCCCGUUCGGUGCUGGUGAGAUCAGGAGGCAGCAAUUAAGACAUAGGAGGAACAGCGGAAAGUUCGACGUGGACCUGAUGGCCGGAACACCCCAGGGGGAGGUCGCUGAAGAAGGAGUCGCAGAUAGCACAAAUAUGUCUGUCUCCGAAGAAGAAGAGCUGGAAGAAGACCGCCAGGUCGCUCUGGGCCUGUCGAGUCCUACAGCCGAGUUCGAAGCACCAACUGCGUAUGACGAGCUGGGGGAGGUUGUUGACUCGACAAACGAGAUCUCCGAAUCGUCGAAAUCACCCUACUCUUCUCCGCAACCUGUUAAGAUCCCUGUCAAUUUCAACGAUUCCUCGAUGUCCAUAUCGACGCCACCUCCGCGACCCGAGCUAUCCCAAGCAGAGGCAUUCGAUUGCGACGCAGCUAGAGAGACCUCUCCAGCACGGCCACCCACGCCACGCUCUGCAAUGAAAGGUUCUCGGUAUAGCUUCAAUCAGGGGUUGGGCAUUGCGGGAGCUGAUGCCAUGAACCUUACCAGGAAAGUCGUCUUUAGCCAGAGAUCCCGGGGAGUGGAUGUGGAUGGGCAGGAGAGCAGCUUCAGCAUGCGAUCCUCCACUGACGACUCCUUUGAGGAUUCUGUUGGGCUACAGUUGAACCGAGAAUUGCAAUCGUUUGAAACCGAAACGACGCAUCCCGGUGAUAGUCCACGAGCGUGCUCUGAGAGACAUAUUGAAACUCAGCGAACAGUGAGCAUUGGAACCGAGGCGAAAGAUGAGCCGUCAGUUGCGAAUCCCAGCAAAGCCUGGCCUGGUUGGAUCUGGAGAUCAGAACAAACCUCGGACCGCGACUCGCAGUCCCAGGACAAAAAACUCAGCGCCGAUCGCCCAGAAAUCCCCGUGAAGCCACCAGCACCGUCUUACGCUCCCGGCGAAACCAAAGACCAGGGUCGAGACUCGGGGUGGGAGAAGACAAAAGCCUCAAUCUCUUCGUCGACUAAAUCCUCCGCGAAGGCCGAAGUAAAAGCCCAAACCAUUCCAUCAUACCUCAUUCCACCAUCGUAUCCAUCUGACCCUCUCCGCCCCAUCAAGAGAUCACUCGCUCUGGAGGGCGACUUUUCGAACACCCAUUUUCGCACCCUCCACAUCAUCUACCGGAAGUCACUCCGGCCCAAAUUCCACGCGCCGCCUCGCACGAUGAUCCGUCCUGAGAUCCGCGCUCUGAGGGGCACAGAGAUGGUGGUCGACGAAAGCGCCAAUGGAAUCGUUAAGGGCGAGUUUGCGUGGACGGUCGGCGACGGCGAGUGUGAAGUCCUCGAGCGGUUUAUGCAGGAGUGCGAAUACAGCCACGGGUGGUACAAGGGUCGGCAGGUGAGAGCAGACGCCGCGGACGAGAUCAAAUGGGGGUGGAGCGUGGAGCAGUUGGCGGAACGGCUCUGUCGGAUUGUGGUAGGCGAGGUCGUGAGGGAGGAGGAGAAGAAGGCGGCCAAGGGUCAAUAAGACGGACGUUCUUUUCCAUUUGUUCUCCCCUUAUACCGGGAUCGCAGGGGGGGAACUGGUAGGCGUUGUAUAGGUACCAUUGGGAACGCGCACAGACACAGGGUUGAGUAGGUAUUGAGCGCAUCGUUGACAAAAAAGACAACGCGAAUCUCUUGAGCGUGGAUAUAUUUCUAGUAUUGACUCACGUGCUUGAAUGGGGAAUACGUAC